UGAGCAUAGUCGGAGCACGUCUCUGGAGCAACGAGGAACGUGUAUUAAUCCUACUGUAGGAUUGAUUAUAUUAUACUUCGGUGUGUAUGACACAUUGCAGCUAGCACUAUCAGGUCAAACGAACGAUUACAAUGAACGAGUUACUCAGAAAAUUGAAUCACGAAUCUCGAGUCAGUAAAAAGAACGAAUCGGUCGCUAACCGCAUGUCAAUAGUGCGCAGCCUGACAAAAUCGCUAAUGUAGAAUACCAUAUGUCCUUCCUCGGACACCGUAACUGCAGUGUACGUUAUUAUUUCUUGACACGUGUUGUACGCGAUUAAUCAGUAGCGACAGUUAAUAUUUAUUUUCAGAAACCAGCAACACACCACGCAAAGCAAGUUUGAAGCCAUGAGUGAUAGCGACGACGAUAUCCCUCAGCUGUCCGCGGCCACCCUUGCUGCCCUGCAGGAGUUUUACAGAGAGGAGAGAGACGGGCUUGUGCAGAGCACAGCACCGGUGGACAAGUACUCGGUGGGGGCGGUGGAAGAGGACUGGCGUAUGAGCCAAUUCUGGUACAGCGACGAGACAGCAACACGGCUAGUUGAAGAGGUUAUUCAGGAAGCUGGGAAAGGUGGCAGGAUAGCCUGUCUGAGCGCACCCAGUGUGUACCAGAAGCUGAAGCAGGGGGUGGUGGAGGGCUCUGACGGUGUGUCGGCUGUGGUUCUAGAGUAUGACCGCCGUUUCGCCACCUACGGCCAAGAGUUCAUCUUCUAUGACUACAACGAGCCUCUUGCUCUCCCAGAGGAUGUGGCCCCACAGAGUUUCGACGUUGUCCUAGCUGACCCCCCCUACCUGUCUGAGGAGUGCCUCAAUAAGGUCGCCCAGACUGUGAAGUACCUGGCCAAGGGCAAGGUGCUGCUCUGCACAGGAGCCAUCAUGGAGGAGCAUGCAGAGAAGUUGAUGGGUCUGAAGAUAUGCAGCUUCCUGCCCAAACACAACAAAAACCUGGCCAACGAGUUCCGCUGUUUCACUAACUACCCCUCAAACCUCAUGUCCUGAGGCUCUUACAACCCUUCACGUAUGGCCUUAUUGACUUUUGAUGUCCGACGUCCAUCAAUGCCUCAGUUUUGACUUGACCGAUGUCUGUGAUAGUCGCAAGGAAGGCCCAUCUUGUUGGGCAAUUUCCAUUGCCUGUCCUUUUAGACAAGGUUUCAUUUUGGGGACUAAUGGUAUCAGACUCUGGAUAUUGUUUUUAAAAUGAUUUCUUAUCCCAUAACAUAAUUAUGAAGUAAAUAAUGGUAUUCAUAUGACUUCAGUGUAAAUAAUAUUUCAUAUACACAGCAAAUAAAUGUCUAACCUGUUGUAAAAAUCUGUCAAGAUUUCAUUUGCAGGGCCUGGGAACAUGCUUAGAGUAUCAUGUAAUACCAGCAGUCGGCAGUGUCAAUUAAGUAUAUUACUGUGUUGUCCAGGGUUCAAAACUACUGCUGCUUACACAGCCAACCAUGCAUUUUCAUACAUAUCACACAGCCCUUUUCUAUUGACUUGCUGCCCGUGGAUAGUUUGUUCUUGUCAUUGGAGCGGAGACUGCUCUCUUCAAACUCAAGGAUGCGCAGAGCAGCAACCAGUCUUUCUCCAGCAGAGGAACAUGGGUGGACCCCAUGGCCACAGAUGCAUAGCUCUAUGCAUGAGUAGUAGGUUUAUGACAAGUUUCACAUCCCCAUGUGCUACAUUGAUCCCUCAAACUCACUCAACAGCAACCCCAGUGUGAGCUGAGUGCAACUGUAGAUCCGAGUCAUGACACCACUGUAAAGGACCUCAAGCUGCUUUGUUGAGGACAGGGCGUCCCACUGACAGGCAGGUGAGAUUCUGCCACUCCUAGGGUGCAUGCUGCAGAGUGAUGCUUGCUAAGCAGUACCACUUCCCAUAGCCGCGGGAAGUAGUUUGGGGGUGCAGCGAUUCUUUCUUUUUGUUGCCCAAUUUGUUUUCUUGAUGGUACUGAAGACAAUACUGUGUACUGAACAAAAAUGUAAAGUGUUGGUCCCAUGUUUCAUGAGCUGAAAUAAGAUCCCAGACAUGUUCCACAUGCACAAAAGGCUUAUUUUAAAUGUGCACUCAUUUGUUUA